CGCUAGCUGCCCCCGCCUUGGUUUUCCGCCUCCGACUUUCCUAAGGAACUUCCGGUUCCGGCUGUGGGCGGGAGAAGACAUGGCGGCGUCUGCGUCGGCAGCUGCCGGGGAAGAAGACUGGGUCCUUCCCUCUGAAGUCGAAGUAUUAGAGUCUAUCUAUCUGGAUGAACUACAGGUGAUUAAAGGAAACAGCAGGACUUCACCAUGGGAGAUCUUCAUUACUCUGCACCCUGCAACUGCAGAGGACCAAGAUUCACAGUAUGUCUGCUUCACACUGGUGCUUCAAGUUCCAGUGCAGUAUCCCUAUGAGGUGCCUCAGAUCUCCAUCCGUAAUCCCCGAGGACUUUCAGAUGAACAGAUCCACAAGAUCUCACAGGCACUGGGCCAUGUGGCCAAGGCAGGGCUGGGUACUGCCAUGCUCUAUGAACUCAUCGAGAAAGGGAAGGAAAUUCUCACAGAUAACAACAUCCCCCAUGGCCAGUGUGUCAUCUGCCUCUAUGGUUUCCAGGAAAAGGAGGCUUUUACAAAAACACCCUGCUACCACUACUUUCAUUGCCACUGCCUUGCUCGGUACAUCCAGCACAUGGAACAAGAGCUGAAGGCACAAGGACGGGAGCAGGAACGGCAGCAUGCUGCCGCCAACCAGGAGGCAGGUGGCGUGCAGUGCCCUGUGUGCAGAGAACCACUUGUGUAUGAUCUGGCCUCACUGAAAGCAGCCCCUGAACCCCAGCAACCCAUGGAGCUGUACCAACCCAGUGCAGAGAGCUUGAGGCAGCAGGAAGAGCUCAAGCGGCUCUACCAGAGGCAGCAGGAGCGCGGUGGCAUCAUUGACCUUGAGGCUGAGCGGAACCGGUACUUCAUCAGCCUUCAGCAGCCUCCUGCACCUUUGGAAACCGAGUCAGGCAUAGAGGUCUCCAGAGGAACCUACCCACCUAAUGCCUUUGCUGCAGAACAGUCCACCUUACCAGCUGCCCAGCCUACCCUGACAACUCCUCUGCCUGUGGCUACCCAGUAUUUGUGUGAGAAGCUUCCAGGGGCUGAGCCAAAUCAGCAGAGGUUGGGUGAGACCCAGAAAGCCAUGCUAGAUCCCCCCCAGCCCAGUCGAGGCCCCCGGCGGCAGCCUGAUCGGAGGCACCUGAAGGGAGGGGAGUGCUGUGCCCUAAAAGGUACUAACAGUGACACCCCGGAACUGCCAUCACCUGAGAAGUCCCUCAAGGAGCCUGUGAACCUAAAGCCAGAAUCCCAUAACCAAAGGGUUGAAGGUCCUCCCCAAGACAAGGGGCCUGGCGGCUGGCAGGGCGCCCCACCCCGCAGGACUCGGGACUGUGCUCGCUGGGAGCGCUCCAAAGGCCGGACGCCGGGUUCUUCCUAUACCCACCUACCUCGGGGACAGGGAACCUACCGACCUAGUACUCGGAGGGAGCCCCUGAGCCUGGAAUCUGAGGAAGGUUCCUAGCAGUACUUGUGGGGGGACAGGUACUUGGGGGUGGGAGGAGGACAAUAAAGAGAUUUGGCCUU